AAUAAAAUAAAUAGAUGUGUGACGUCAACAAGAACAUUCGAUUAGAAGAAGGAUGACACACGCCCAUACAUGGUUUUAAAUUGUAUAAAUUGCUCAUCGGCGAUAACAUAACCUUUAACAUAAACUGUGUCAUCUACAAAAACCUCCAUGUAAUUACUUAAAAAUUUUAAAAAACAAAUAUCAUCAUGCUCACCAAGUUUACUCAGGGCGCGACCCUUUACACGGUUUUAGCGACGGUUUUUAUCGUCGUGGUGUCUUAUUUUUGGGUUAAUCGCAAGAAGAAAGUUGCUAAACCUUUGGAUAUUCAUCUCCUAAACAAACGCAUUUUAGAGUAUAAACCUGAACCGAUGAUUGAUCAUAAUCUUGUAGAGGCGUUGAGAAAUAAAGUUAUUGAUACACACAUUCCUGAUGAGAGUAAUCCAAACUGUUUUAAUUUGGCUAAAGUAAAUUAUUUGGAUUUUUUAAAUAAUGAUUAUAUUAAAAAGAAAGCAGAGGAAUGUAUUAGGACUUAUGGGGUUGGGUCUUGUGGUCCUCGAGGAUUUUAUGGCACAAUAGAUGUUCACCUUGACUUGGAGAGCAAAAUUGCUGAUUUUAUGGGAAUGGAAGAAACUGUUCUUUAUUCUUAUGGCUUCUCAACAAUCUCAAGUGCGGUUGGGGCUUAUUGCAAAAAAUCAGAUAUAGUUUUUUGUGAUGAGCACAUCUCGUUUGCAUCCCAACAAGGAUUAUUAGCUGCAAAAUCAACCAUUGUCUACUUUAAGCAUAAUGAUAUGGCUGAUUUGGAAGAAAAAUUAAAAGAAUAUGAAGUGAAGGAGAAGAAAAGGAAUAAAUUGUACAGAAAAUUUUUAAUCGUUGAAGGAAUAAAUGGAAAAACUGGGAAAUUAUGCCCACUCCCUGAAUUAAUGCUGCUUCGUAAGAAAUAUUUUUUAAGAAUAUUCUUAGAUGAGUCGUUAUCUUUUGGCGUUCUCGGCAAAUUUGGUCGAGGAAUCACCGAACAUUUCAACAUUGAUAGAAAUGAUGUCGAUAUGAUAAUGGGUAGCUUAGAAGGCUCGUUCAGUUCAAUUGGUGGAUUUUGCGUAGGAGCUUCCGUUGUAAUCGAACACCAACGUCUAUCGGGUCUUGGUUAUUGCUUUUCAGCAUCUCUUCCACCAUUUCUUAGCUAUAUAACGACGUGUGCCAUAGAAUUGUUUGAAAAAGAACCCGAAAUGUUUGAGAAAUUAUCCAAAGUCUCCAUUUCAAUGCAUGAAAAAUUAAAAAAAUUGCAAGAAAAACCAAACGUUCAAAUUUUAAGCGAUGAUAUUUCCCCGAAAAAAAUUUUGAAGAUAAAUAAUAUUGAUGCCGUUCAUAAAUUCUGUGUAGAAAAAGACGUUUAUAUGGCCAAAGAAGAUGACACUUUGGUUAUGAAUUUAAAUAUUAAUUAUGCCGAUGAUCAAUUGGAUAAAAUUGUUAAUGUUUUAAUGGAAGCUUGUGAAAGUUUAAAUUAAAUUGUAAUAAAUUGUAGUAUAUUGAAGUUGUUUACACCUUAAAUUGCUUCUUAAAUCACUAUUUAUUAUGAUAAAUUAAUUUUUCUUUUUUGUACACUUUAUUAUUACUUCUUUAAUAAAAUUAGUUUGUAAUU